AUGGCAACAACGCUAAGCCCGUCUAUCUUCUUUGUUCAGGUCACGCUGUGUGUUCUGACUCACCACGUGCCGACCCCACCCAAGAAUGAAGUCAGCAUCUUGAACCCGCCGGCAGUGAGCAUCAACUGCGCACACCCCGGAGCGCACCAUGAAACGUCACCAACACAUCACGGUUUGAAGACGGCGCCGCCAGUGGAGGCAUAUAAAGAGGAUCGCGCCAUGGAAUUCCUCAGAGGGCACGGCGGGACCGCAAUGGCAACAACGCUAAGCCCGUCUAUCUACUUUGUUCAGGUUUGUGACAAACAUGCUUCUUGCUUUCGAAGCAAUUAUAGAUGUAUUGUUGUCCUGCCGUGCCCGGCCACAAUUGAGUGUCUUAUUGUGGAUGCAUGGAGUGUCAUUUUGAUCCUUCUAUCUGGAGAUGUCGAGCAAAACCCUGGGCCUCAAGGGAUAGAGGAACUGAAGGUGAUGAUGAACGCCAUGCUUACUUCGCAGAACGACCUUAAAACGCGAAUUGUUAACCUGGCGGCUUCCCAGGAAAAGCUAGAAUCAACAGUGAACGCUAGGAUGAACGAAGUUAUGACAGCUUUACAGGAGCACAAGGGAGAGAUUCGUGUACUGCAGGGGGAAGUCACAUCCUUUAGAAAUGACCUCCAGCUCCAACAAAAGCGCCUUGACGACCUAGAAAAUAGGAGUAGACGCCGCAACCUUGUCAUUUUCGGGUUUCCUGAGCCCGACCAUGAAAACACCGAAGCAUUAAGAAGCCAAAUAAUCCAGGACUUAAUAGGACAGAAGCUUGGAGUAACUGUUAGCUCGGUGGAAAGAGUCCACAGGAUAGGAAAAAAACAACCAGACAAACCGCGGCCUGUGAUAAUAAACUUCUUUGACUAUAACGAAAAACUGAAAGUACUAAAAAAUUGUAAUAAAUUAAAAGGAACUACAAUCUCAAUCAACCACGACUUUUGUAAGGGUACACUUGCAAAAAGAAGCAAACUUUGGUCCAAAUCUGGGGACUUCAAAGCCAGAGGACGUAAGGUAGUGCUGGACUAUGAUAAACUACGGGUUGAUGACGACCUAUAUGAAUGGGACGAGCAGAAUGACUGCCUGAAGUGCAUCCGCUCUCAGGAGCGACGGAAUGACGUCGACUGACUUGAAUCGAAACAGUUACGUUUUGUACUACUAAAUGCCAGAAGUAUCGUCAAUAAAGUCCACCAGCUCGAAGAAAUUAUACUUACAUAUAAUCCGCAGAUAAUUGCAAUCACGGAAACAUGGCUAUCAGCAGAUAUACUUGAUGCCGAAGUUACUCCCCCCACUCACAAAAUAAUCAGACGUGAUCGUGGCUCUCGAGGAGGGGGAGUUGCCUUGAUAGUAAAAAAGGAAAUCUCAUGCGUCAUCUUAAGCGAAAUAACCGACAAUGAAAGUGUAUGGUGUCAAAUCGACUAUUAUGGGUUUUCGACUCUCGUAGGUGUUGUCUAUAGGCCCCCAUCUUCUCCCGAGUCAUUUCUAGAGAACAUUCAACUUCACAUGGAACAAAUAUACAAACCCACUCAAAAAAUCAUACUGGCGGGUGAUUUUAAUCUACCGUCAAUUAACUGGUCGACUUUCCAGCCUGGCUCAACUGAAGAAAAAAGCUGCCACUUGCUACUCGAAUUAAUGCUCAAUUUUAAUCUAAGUCAGCUUGUUACUGAAGGUACUCGUAUCUCCCAAAAUAGCAAUAACACACUGGACCUAAUUUUUGUUGGAAACUUUCCAGAGGACACUGAGGUUAACGUUUACGAUGGAAUUCCUGACCACAAGCUUGUUUUCCUUACGACUAAUUUUUGCCCAGUAAAAAAGAGUCACGAUGGUAAACUUGUCUUUAACUUCGCUGCUGCAGAUGACGAAGCUAUUAUUGAUACUCUUGAUUUGAACUUCAGCGACUUUGAGACGGAGGGUGACAUUACAACAUUAUGGAAUGCCUUUAAACAUAUUACUGGAAAGUGCCUUCAUAAAUAUGUACCAAAAAUAGUAAAAAAGAAACAUCAGAACCCCUGGAUAACAAGAGAGAUAAUACAUCUUAAAAGGACAUUAUCUAGGAAACGGAGAGGAAAUCGUAAAAAUGCUGAUGUCAUAUCUUCCCUCACAGAGACGUUGAAACAAAAAAUAAAGACGGCGCGUGAUCAUUUUUUUGGAACAACGUUAGUAAACUUUAUGAAAGAAGCGCCUCAAAAGUUUUGGGGGUACCUGUCGGGCAACAAGAAAUCUAUUGAACAGCUUCAUGUGGAUGGAAAUGCUGUUACUGACUCCUACCAAAUUGCGAACGAGUUUAACAGCACCUUUCAUGGUGUUUUUAGUUCAAGAUGCACUUCUGAAGAAACUAUUGACUCAGUACCUCUUUUCCCAAUAAUGCGAGAUAUAGACUUGAACAUCCACGGUAUACGUCAUCUACUUUUAAACCUAGAUGUAAAAAAAUCAUGUGGUCCUGAUGGCAUCCCAAAUGCUUUUUUGAAACGUUACGCAGAGAUGAUUUCACAAUAUUUAUAUGUCAUUUUCAAAACCUCUUUGGAUCAGGGAUGUCUUCCACCUGACUGGCUUUGUGGAAAAGUUGUACCCGUACAUAAGGAUGGGAGCAAACUGCUUGCUGAAAAUUACAGACCGAUAUCAUUAAUUAGCACCUGCUGUAAAUUGCUAGAACAUGUCAUCGCCAGUCACAUAAGUUUUUUUCUAGAUAGCCAUAACAUAUUAGCCAACUUUCAGCACGGGUUCAGAAAAAGAUUGUCUACUACUACUCAACUGCUCUCAGUAGUACACGAUUUCGGCCAUGCGAUUAAUAACAGAGAACAAAUUGAUGCAAUAUUUUUAGACCUAUCCAAGGCCUUUGACAGGGUACCGCAUCACCUACUACUAAUAAAAUUGCAACAGGUUGGCAUUGCUCCUCGCCUUGUGACAUGGAUCGCUGCUUACUUAAAAAAUAGGGUACAAUUUGUUGAAAUCAACGGAUGUCAAUCAGUACAUCUUGACGUGCUAUCUGGCGUUCCACAGGGGUCGGUCUUAGGACCUCUCUUAUUUUUAGUUUAUGUCAACGACAUAGCCGACAACAUUGAUACAAGUGUGACCGUGAAAAUGUUUGCUGACGACUGCGUUGUUUAUAGAACUGUCAGAAACACGUGCGAUCAAGUAUCGCUUAACGAAAACUUUUGCAAAAUUGCCGAAUGGUGUGAGAGGUGGCGAAUGGUUAUUAAUUACUCUAAAACGUGCGCUCUCACAGUAACGCACAAGAAAUACCCUCUUAGCUUUGCAUACCACGUUAAAGACAAAUGCAUAAAAACUGUAAACGAGGUAAAGUAUCUGGGCCUACAUCUUAAUUCAAAAUUAAAUUGGGAAACCCAUAUUGAUAGUACAACCGCAAAGGCUUACAAAAAGUUGUGUUACUUAAGACGGAAGCUGGGACCAUGUGACUCGUCGGUAAAACUUUCGGCAUAUAAAAGUUUGAUUCGGCCAGUGCUAGAAUACGCGUACAUUGUGUGGGACCCGUACUUAAUAAAAGAUAUUGGAAAAGUCGAGAGAAUCCAGCGCCUCAGUGGACGAUUUAUUUCUUCCGAUUUUAGGCGCCUAUCAUCAGUGUCGGACAUGAUACGUAAUUGCGGACUCGAAUCGCUCGAGUCUAGGCGGAAGAUUGCUAGGCUGGUUUUUUUUUAUAAAGUCUACAAUAAUGAGUCCGGCCUGGACAAAACCUUAUACCUUUUGCCACCUCCCCAGCGCUCUGCAAGAUUGAAUCACGCAAAAAACGUGAGACCAUAUGCUCCUAAAAAUAACACGUUUAAAUACUCCUUUUUUGUACGUACGAUUAACGACUGGAAUUCACUGCCCUCCGAUUGUGUGCAUGCCCCAAAUAUUGACUGUUUUGACUGUUGUGUUCGAAACCUUAUGUAACCGAUUGUGUGCAUGACCCAAAUGUUGACUGUUCUGACUGCUCUGUUUGAAACCGUAUGUAACCCUUUCCUGC